GUGGCGAAGGUCGUGCUGUUGAAGCCCAACGCGGGCGGCCUUCGCGCUGCGCUGGUAUUCUACGACAACAAGCAGUCAGCUGAGGACGCCAUCAAGGUGCUGGACCAGCAGUAUAAGAUUCGCCAUGAUGCAGCCCAGCCUAUUUCGGCGAUGCU